UCUCCACAGUGUAACUGUUUUUACAACCACCACUAACGCUGCAACCAACUUUAGUAGUUUGAAUACCAUUUUUUCAAUUUCAAUUUCAGUACCAUUUUUUAUUCUGGUAUGAUCAAACAAUAUCGUUCUCAACUCUCUUCUUCCCCCCCACCUCGUGUUUUUAUACUAUUUUUCUGAGUAUCUUCCGUCAAGAAAAUCCACGUGUGCUUAAAAUAGGACUACACGAUUGCAGACGCUGGCCAAUCCUUUGGAGAGAGAAGAUGUGGAUGAAAGGAAAAUCCUGUGGCAGGAGUACUUAGAUUCGGUAAUUCUUUUUUCUCUCCGACGACGACAGUUCUCUUUCCUCCAUUUCUACUUUCUUACCAUGUUGUGCUUCCCGAUGGCACUCGUUUCCGUCUCUUCCCUCUAUCUUAGAACCCCAAAAACCUCAUCGUCAUCUUCUUCUGGGGCUCGAAAUCCUCAACGAACUCGGUCGAGGCCCUGUCUCGUUGCCUGUCAUGCGUCGCCGGAAAGUCACUGUGAUUCUAGUUUUACUGAACCGAAGAAGUGGAAGGCACUGCUUUCAACUGCAUUGGUAGCCGCUGUUAUAAAUUUCAGCCCGGCGAUGCCCGCUCUUGCCGAUCUCAACAAGUUCGAAGCGGAUGUGCGUGGGGAAUUUGGGAUCGGAUCUGCUGCUCAAUUCGGUUCUGCUGAUCUCAAGAAAGCAGUUCACAUGAACGAGAACUUCAGACGUGCCAACUUCACAUCAGCUGAUAUGAGGGAAUCUGACUUCAGUGGUUCAACAUUCAAUGGUGCUUAUCUUGAGAAAGCCGUUGCAUAUAAGGCGAACUUCACAGGUGCGGAUUUGAGCGACACAUUGAUGGAUCGCAUGGUUCUUAAUGAAGCCAACUUGACAAAUGCUGUGCUUGUUAGAUCUGUUCUCACUCGCAGUGAUCUUGCUCGUGCAACUAUUGAAGGUGCUGACUUCAGUGAUGCUGUUCUAGACCUUCCUCAGAAGCAGGCUCUGUGCAAGUAUGCCAGUGGAACGAAUCCCAUCACCGGGGUGAGCACAAGAGUAAGCCUAGGUUGUGGAAACAGUCGUAGAAGUGCAUAUGGGACCCCUUCUUCCCCUCUGCUAAGUGCUCCACCCCCGAAGCUGCUUGAUCGGGAUGGGUUCUGUGAUUCAGGCACGGGUCUGUGUGAUGCCAAAUGAUCAGGUCACAGACUCACAAAUUAGCUGACCAACAUGCAAGGACUUUCUUUCGGCAGAAGGAUUUAACAGAAGUGAAGGAUGAGAUAGGAAUUACUGUUCAAAAGCAGCUUGCAAGGAUCUCUUAAGUCUGAACUCAUUCUUCUGCUGAUUCUCGUCUCCUUUUUCUGUCUCCUUGCCUCAGCCUAUAUCAUCUAGGCUCUUAUCCUUGUCAGUGGUGAGCUAAUUGACACCGAUGUCGUAUCGAUUCCAUUGUAUAUGUAGGAUUUUUGGGUUCAUGAUCAAUGUUCGUUUCGUGUCAUCAUUAUUGAAGUAGGAAUAUCUCAGGGUCCAUAUCUCCAUUGGGUUGCAAUGUUGUAAUUUAAGAAAUAUAUGAAUAAACUUGUGAAUUACUGAACAACAUGCUUGGACAGUACAUUAAGAAGGCUGUGACCUUCCUAUGGAAUCCUCUUGUUUCAUUCAAGAGUUGCCAUCAUGAGUUCUUUUAGUCUGAGAAAGCAUAAUUCUUCCUGUGUAAGCCUCCACCGUGCCUGGGCUUCAGCCUUUUACUAUAAGCUCCAUCUAUGUCAAGAUCCCAAAUGUUCUUUUUGGCU